GGGGUGGUGCCUGCGGGGAGGGGAGCCUGCCUGCGGGGGCAGUGCAUCCAGCCAGCACUGGGCCAGGGGGUCCAAAGGGCUUGGGGGGCCCCAGGGCACAGCGGCACAAUUUGGGGGGCCUCUCUCUCGCUCUCUCGGCGGCGGGGGACAGCCUGACUGGGGACAUGGCGUCUCUUGGGCCUGCCUGGGUUCUCUGUGUGGGUCUCCUCGCCAUGGCCAGAGCAGAAGCGUUACAGGAACACGAUCCGUUCACUUACGACUACCAGUCUCUGCGGAUCGGAGGCCUCAUUAUCGCAGGGAUUCUCUUCAUCCUGGGCAUCCUCAUCAUCCUGAGCAAGAAGUGCCGGUGCAAGUUCAACCAGCAGCAGAGAACUGGGGAGCCCGAUGAAGAGGAGGGAACUUUCCGCAGCUCCAUUCGCCGUCUGUCCACUCGCAGGCGGUAGAGACACCUGGCGCCCUGGACCUCAGCCAGGAUUCCCCCGGAAUCUGACGCUUUCCAUCCGUCACCUGUGCCCUCCGCCACCUCCACUGCCCCCUCCCCAGCCCUGCCCGCCCCCCUACCCCCUCCACUCCCGGUACCGCCCAGACUGGCAAUAAAACGUGCUUCUCUCUC